UCCACAUCUACUCGUGCGUUAUUGCAGAGCAUAAAUUCUAUUCAAAUUCUAUAACAUGUCAGCACGUAAGCCGGUACUGUCAAGCGUGCGAUGUACAGUCUCACCUUGACAGGGAUGAGCUCUGGGGGCUGUGCAGGAGGAGAGGGUUUUGUGCAAAUAACUGAAGCAAAACACAAAUUUCUUUCGGCAUACGCCCAGCCACCGGGCAGGAAUAGAGGGCGGCAAGUGACAUUGGGGGAGCGCCGCCCUUCCAGAGCAUACGUACUCGAGUGUGAGAGUCGUACAGUGGCAAACAAAAGAUUAUCCUUGCCCUUACUUCACGCUCAGCUAUACAAACCUGCCUCGGACACACUCGGCAACAACAGGAGGGGCAGCAGGAGCAGCAUGAGCAGCAGCUGCUUGGCAGGCUUCAUUGUGGAUAGUAUAGAGGCGCCUGUGGGUGGGGUUGCGGCUAUGGAUGGCCCUGCUAUUGAAACGUUGCAGUAAUGAAAAAAAAUGUCAACUUAUACGAACAUAUAAGGAGCCAGUGCCAGUGCCAGUUACAGUGGCAUCGCCAGAACAGAAGACGAAGAUAAAGAUGGAGCUGGAGAAGGAGAAGGAGAUGGAACUGGCGGUGGAGCCAGGGCCAAAGGAAACACUAGAGGUACAGAGAGGACAGACAGAGAGGAAAAUGUCAAAAAUUCGACUAUAUAAGUAACCCUGCAGGGAGCCGCGGCACACACUGGCCCCAGGAUGGUCUUCAAACUAAUACGACCAGCUCCGCUGACGGAGCAGGUGAAAUCUCGGGAUGGCUGCAUUUACCUGUUCAGGGCAAUGAAAUUCAUAGGCUGGGUGCCGCCCAAGAAUGGAAUACUGCGCUACGUCUAUCUCUUCUGGACGUUGAUGACGCUUGUGUGGUGCACCACAUACCUGCCUCUGGGGUUCCUGGGCAGCUACAUGACCCAGAUCAAGUCGUUCUCGCCGGGCGAGUUCCUCACCUCGCUGCAGGUGUGCUUCAACGCGUAUGGCUCCUCGGUGAAGACGGCCAUCACCUACUCGCAGCUGUGGCGGCUCAUCAAGGCCAAGGAUCUGCUGGACAAACUGGAUCUGCGCUGCACCACCACCGAGGAGCGCGAGAAAAUUCAUCUCGUGGUGGCGCGCAGCAACCACGCCUUCCUCAUCUUCACCUUUGUCUACUGCACCUACGCGGGAUCCACCUUUCUCAGUUCGGUGCUGACCGGGCGACCACCCUGGCAGCUCUACAACCCCUACAUUGACUGGCGCGAUGGCACGGGUAAUCUGUGGCUAGCCUCCACCCUCGAGUACAUCGUGAUGUCGGGGGCCGUGCUGCAGGAUCAGCUCUCCGACACCUACCCACUGGUCUACACCCUCAUCCUGCGCGUGCACCUCGACAUGCUGAAGGAGCGCAUCCGACGGCUGCGCACCGACGAGACCAUGAGCGAGGCCGACAACUACGAGGAGCUGGUCAAUUGCGUCCUGGAUCACAAAAUUAUUCUAAAAUUCUGUGAUACCAUCAAGCCCGUUAUUUCGGGGACCAUUUUCACCCAGUUCCUGCUGUGCGGCAUUGUACUGGGUCUGACGCUGAUCAACGUGUUCUUCUUCUCGGACCUGUGGACCGGCAUCGCCUCCUUCAUGUUUGUCAUCACCAUUCUGCUGCAGACGUUCCCCUUCUGCUACACCUGCAACCUCAUCAUGGAGGACUGCGAUGACCUGACCCAUGCCAUCUUUCAGUCUAAGUGGGUGGAUGCCAGUCGCCGCUACAAGAUGACGCUCCUCUAUUUCCUGCAGAAUGUGCAGCGGCCCAUCAUCUUCAUUGCCGGCGGCAUCUUUCAGAUAUCGAUGAGCAGCAACAUCAGCGUGGCCAAGUUUGCCUUCUCCGUCAUCACCAUCACCAAGCAAAUGAACAUAGCGGACAAGUUUAAGGAAGAAUGAACGAACACUCCUACCUGGAACCAGUUUUAAAAUAUCGCAUAUUCAACGCGAACGCAUCGAUGUGGAGUCUAUUGCAGCAUUAUUUAUAGUAGAAAAUGUCAAAGUGUAGUGCCAAUUUCAAUGAAAAUUUACCUUUAAU